GGAGCAAGGGAGGAUGAAUAUUGUUAACUUCUAUAACCCAUGCCUGCCACUUAGAAUAGAUGAAUUGGAUAAAGUAGCAGAGGAGGUGGGAACUCCAGUGAUAUGGGCGGGAGAUUUUAAUUCACACAAUCCACUCUGGGGAAGCAGAGACAGGGAUAGGAAUGGGGAAGUGAUAGAGGAACUGAUGGACAAGCAUGGUUUGGUGUGUUUAAAUGAUGGGAGGCCAACCAGGUUUGACAUCAGAACAGGGAGGGUAUCAUGCAUUGAUUUAACUAUAGCUUCCCCAGAAUUGGCUUGGAAAGGGAAGUGGGAAACCAUGGAAGAAACCCCUAUGGGAAGUGACCAUUUCCCAAUAGUGGUGGGAUUUGGCCAGCCCUUGCUAGUGGAGGAAGACACUAGGCCGAGGCCACUAAACUAUAAUAAAGCAAAAUGGGCUGAAUUUGUUGAGGGGUGCAUAGAGGGAAUAGACAGUGUGAUAGAGGACGGAACAGUUGACGAGUGGAAUGAUACUCUGUGCAGUAUGUUAAGUGAUAACAUGAACCGCUGCAUCCCAAGGAAAAAAGCUGUAAAACGUAAGGUUGUGCCAUGGUGGAAUAAAAUGUGCGAUGAGGCAGUGAGGGAAAGAAAUAAAGCCUAUAGUGUGCUAAGGAGGUACCCAGUGCAGGAAAAUGCUAUAGAAUACAAGCGGUUAAGAGCCAAGGCCAGGAGGGUUAUUAAAACGGCCAAAAGAGAGUGUUGGAGGAAUUACUGCGGAAGGCUGGGGGAGGACACAACAGUAGGGGAGGUGUGGGCAGUGAUCCGGCGAAUGUCAGGGAUUGUUAAGGGGAGAAGCAUCCCAGUCCUAGAAGAAGGGGGGGUGGUUGCUACAAAUGACAGUCAAAAAGCCAGCAUGUGUGUGAAAAAAUUCCAAGAAGUACAUAGUGGGGUAAACAUUGGAGAGGAGGGUAUUGUAAAACGAAAUGAGGUAAUAAGAAACCAAAUGUACAAACUUGAGGUGAAUCAGGAUAAUUCUGACCCCAGUAAUUUAAACUUUUCUCUGAAGGAAUUACGGAGAGCAAUCCAAAGAGGGCGUAAAACAGCUCCAGGGAAAGAUGGACUAGGAUAUGAAAUCUUUAAGCAGUUGGAUGACAUGGUGCUGUAUGAGAUACUAGCACUCAUCAAUACAGUAUGGGAUGAAGGUGUCAUCCCUGUGGCAUGGAGGCAUGCAGUUGUCAUCCCUAUUCUAAAGCCAGGAAAGGAAGCUGCAAAGCCAGGCUCCUAUAGGCCAAUUGCACUCACGGCUGUGUUGUGUAAAAUUAUGGAGCGAAUAGUGACAGAUCGGCUUACAUAUAAAUUAGAGAAGCAAGGAUGGCUUGCACCAAUCCAGAGUGGCUUUAGAUUAGGGAGGGGAACGAUGGACUCUGUGCUUGCGCUUGACCUAGACAUAAGGAAAGCUAAGGCCAACAAAGAAUCAGUGGUCGCAGUUUUUCUCGACAUUGAAAAGGCAUAUGACAUGUUGUGGAAAGAGGGGUUGGGGGUGAAGCUGUUUAAUGCUGGAAUACGAGGGCGGAUGCUGAACUGGAUCAGGGCGUUUCUGCAAAACAGGACCAUACAGGUCAGAGUCGGGGGGGCAUAUUCUGAAACAGUGGGGAUAGAUAAUGGUACUCCUCAAGGGAGUGUUAUAAGCCCAGUACUAUUUAACUUGAUGAUUAAUGACAUGUUCCAGGAGGUGGGGGCAGGCUUUGGGCUAUCAUUGUUCGCUGAUGAUGGCGCAAUUUGGAAAAGAGGGCGGAAUAUUAAGUUUAUAACAGGGAAGAUACAAGGGGCACUGGAUAGAGUAGUGGCCUGGGCUGAGAAGUGGGGGUUCAAAAUAUCUGUGGAAAAGUCAAAAUUUGUUAUUUUUACAAACAAAAGGAAGACUGAAAACCUGGGGCUGAAUAUCUAUGGCAAGCCCUUAGAGCGAGUCAAAGAGUUUAAAUUCCUAGGAGUUAUUUUUGAAGAGAGGUUAACGUGGAAAAAACAUAUAGAAAAAAUAGUGAGGAAAUGUGAAAAGGUGAUAAAUGUGAUGAGAUGCCUUGCUGGGAGUACGUGGGGAGCAAACAGAGACACACAAAUAAUGAUUUACAGAGCCAUGAUUCGCUCAGCUUUUGAUUAUGGGUGCCUGGCAUAUGGGGCUGCAGCCAAAACAAACCUAGCAGCACUGGAUAGGGUGCAGGCAAAAGCGUUAAGAGUAUGUAGUGGGGCUUUUUGCACAACUCCAAUCCCAGCUUUGCUGGUGGAGAUGGGAGAGAUACCCCUAAGUUUAAGGAGAAGGAAGCUGGCCUUACACCACAUAGCUAAACUAUAUGGGCAUGACCAAGUCCAUCCAGGCAAGCAGCUGCUGGAGGAGUGCUGGGAACUGGGAGGUGGGGAAAGCAGGAGUUUUGUCCAUAAAAUCAGAGCAGAGGAAGAAGAGCUCGGCUUGAGUGGGGUGCGCAGGGGUACGGCUGUGGUCUGGCCUUCUGUUCCACCAUGGCUGCUACCAAGUGUGGAGGUUGACUUCACGAUAGCAGAGAGGAAGAGGGAGAAGGGUAGUGGAGACCCAGAUGAGUUGGUGAGGGAGAGGAUGCAGCAGGAAUGGGCAGACCAUGUGCAGAUCUAUACAGAUGGCUCCAUGGACCCAAAUAGUAAAAGGGUGGGGUUUGCAGUUCACAUUCCCUGCCUGCAGAUCACCCAGAGCAGACGGCUGCCAAAUGGGGUUUCAGUCUUUACGGCAGAAAUGGUGGCGUUGAUAUGGGCAGUAAAUUGGGUUGAGGAGGUGAGACCGCAGCAGGCAGUUAUCUGCUCGGACUCGGCGGCUGCGCUGAUGGCUCUGCUGGGGGGGAGGUCACAGGUCAGACCAGAUCUGGUCUGUGAGCUGCUGACCGCACUCUACAGAGUAAACCAAGCUGGAAGUAGAGUGGGUUUCAUGUGGGUUCCAGCUCAUGUGGGGGUUGAGGGCAACGAGGCUGCUGAUGGUGCUGCCAAAGAGGCCCUGAGCAGGGAGGAGGUGGAUGUGGGCGUCGCCCUGGGUAUUUCAGAGUACCGCUCCAUAAUAAAGGAGGAGUUAAAUAUCAGGUGGCAAAGAGAAUGGGAGGGGGAAACAAGAGGAAGGUUUUAUUUUAAUAUUCAAAAUAGUGUUAGGGGAGGAAGCAUCACCCUGGGAAACAGAAGGGAGCAAGUCAUUAUGACACGGCUGAGAUUUGGACACUGUGGCCUUGCAGGGGGACUGGCCCGUAUUGGGAAACAUGAAAAUGGACUGUGUGAAUGUGGGACAGAAGAAACUGUGCAGCAUGUUUUUAUGGAGUGUCCUAUAUACACAACAGAGAGGAGAGAGCUUUUUGCUGCAUUACUAGAUGCAGGGUUGCCCUGCAUCUCACUGAGGAUUAUUCUGAACCCUGAGGAACAUCAAAGUGCAGUGAUGAAAGCAGUCAUGGACUACCUGUGGAAUACUGGCCUGCACCAGAAAGUGUAACUGCAUAAGCUGUGGUAAUACCUGAACUGAACUGUGGGAGGCAGCAAUACGCCGAUGGGCGUCUAGUCUGCCGGAAAGCCACAUGAAGAAGAAGAAGAAGAAGAAGACGACGCAUGCGCUGUUAUGGAAGUUUACAAACUUCCUCUCAAAGGAGCUGUGGAAGGAUAAGAACCCAGAGCAAGCAUGUUCCCCUGGACUGGUUUGGUGCACUCCCUGAAUCCCAGCUGUAGGCUUGUUGGAGGACACCAUCAAGACAAUAAGGAUGCCAGCUGCUAGCACAAUGACUGGUGGGAGGGCGCUGCUGCUCUGUACAAACACUGACAACUGUAUCUACCAAUCAGUCAACGGGCUCCAGUGCUGUGGCUUGAAGGUUGGGGAGGCUCCGUCGUCUGUGGUGCCCCAGCGGUGCGGGUUACCGGGGGACAGCGACAAAAGGCAGACCGCUGUGCCCAUCUCCCUACUAAUAAGCCUGAGGGGCAGCCCAGAUCCUACUGGCAAUAUGCUGACUCACAGGAGAACUUCCUCCACUACAAAUGACACAAGAACUCCUAAUAUAGAGAAUGGACAGUGCGGUAGGCUGAAUAAAAGCCAGGCAGGAGUCAAGGCUGCAAGUAUCCGUGAUAAGAUAUCUCAAUGGGAGUGCAAGAAGGAGACCAUUUCCACGGACACUUGUCCUCUAAGCACAACACAUAAGGAAAUUGAGUCGGUGAGAAAAAAGGAAGUGAAAUCUCCGGAGGUCCAACGGACCAACAGCAAGAGGUUUGUUAGCUGGGAAAGGCAGGACUCAGGAAAGGAGAAUGUUGGCAAGCUUGUGGACCUGAGGACUAAAUCUCCAGAAGGCCUAACAAACAAGGACAAAGAACUGAUUCUAGAGAGAGGACUGGGGGCUGCUAAGGCAACAGAACAGCCCCAAGACAAGAAAUCAGUUUUAACUCAUGUUAAGAAACUAGAAAAAGCAACAAAACAAGUUCCUGACGGACCAUCGCUGGCUUUCCCAGGGAAUUACUUUUGCCCACCGUCAAAAGAGGAGCUGGAAGAAUCAGAAAAGAGGCUCAACGAACCCAUUUUUGGGACUUUCGGGUCGAGGCGGAAAAGAGACGGGGAUCAGGAGAACGUGUACAGUGAACCGGGGGCUCCUUCUAUCAACCCUUUGCCAAAACCUCAGAGAACCUUCCAGCACCACACACCGCCUUCCACCCCAAUUUCAGCCCCCGGAUCUCGUAAGGGGAAGAGGACUCUGCCUCCUCUGCCUUCCAUUCCGCCUCCACCUCUACCCACCUGCCCACCGCCUGGGGUUUGCAGGAGAGUGUGGAAAGACAAGUCCCACGACAGCAAUAACAGGAAGUCCUACGAGUUUGAGGACCUCCUCCAGUCGUCUGCAGAAGGCUGCAGGGUGGACUGGUACGCUCAGUCCCGCCUGGGUCUGACACGCACUUUAUCGGAAGAGAACGUCUACGAGGACAUAAUAGAUCCUCCGUGCAAGGAGAAUCCUUACGAAGACAUAGAGCUGGAGAGAAGUUGCCUGGGUAGCAAAUGUGUCUCCUCUUCGCCAAUCCCUGACACUCCACCUAAGCUCUGCACCAAGCCAGGCUUCUUCAGACAAAACUCAGAGCGACGGAGCUUCAAAGUCCUGGAAUUAAGGAAAACCAACAGGGAGGCCGGCGUGUCCUCGCCGUCUCGCAUCAGUCCUCCAUCCACGCCCAGCAGCCCCGAUGACACACCCUGUCUCUCUGGCGACCCGUACAACCGGCGGCGGAAGAAAAUCCCAAAGAUGGUGUUGAAGAUCAAUGGCGUCUUUGAGGCUCGUAGAGGCAAAAAGCGCAUGAAGAAGGUGUCUCAGUCCACCGAGUCAAGCUCCGGGAGAGAUGAGAACAGCGAGUCCGAAAGUGACACAGAGGAGAAACUAAAAGCGCAUAGCCAAAUGCUAGUGUCGGUCCAGUCCAUGCUGAGGCAGACGGGGAGAUACCGGACUUUGGAGAGAGAUCUGAUGGAGUUGCAGGAGAGAAAACUCUUUGAGUAUUUCAUCGUGGUGGCCCUUCACAAGACCAAAGCUGGAGUUCCGUACCUGCCGGAAGUCACGCAGCAGUUCCCUCUCAAGCUUGAAAGGAGCUUCAAGUUCAUGCGAGAGACAGAGGACCAGCUCAAGGUCAUCCCUCAGUUCUGCUUCCCUGACGCCAAAGACUGGGCGCCUGUGGACAACUUCCCCAGUGAGACCUUUUCUUUUGUGCUGACCGGUGAGGAUGGAAGUCGGCGGUUUGGUUACUGCAGGAGAUUACUGCCCAGCGGUAAAGGCCGGAGGCUCCCGGAGGUCUACUGCAUCGUGAGCCGCUUGGGCUGCUUCGACCUCUUCUCCAAGAUCCUGGACGAGGUGGAGAAGAGACGAGCUAUCUCGCCUGCCCUGGUGCAGCCUUUCAUGAGAGGCAUCAUGGAAGCUCCUUUUCCUGCUCCAGGAAGGACCAUCACUGUCAAGAACUUCCUCCCGGGCUCAGGAACAGAGGUGAUGGAGUUGUGUCGGCCGUCAGAUUCCCGCCUGGAACACGUGGACUUUGAGUGUCUCUUCUCCUCCUUGAGUCUUCGCCUUCUCCUGCGGGUCUUUGCCUCGCUGCUCCUGGAGCGCAGGAUCAUCUUCACGGCCGGCAAGCUCAGCACCUUGUCCCAGUGCUGUCACGCCGUGGUGGCGCUGCUCUACCCGCUGACGUGGCAGCACACCUACAUCCCCGUGCUGCCGCCCUCCAUGCUGGACAUCGUCUGCACACCCACCCCCUUCAUCGUGGGCCUGCUCUCCAGCUCGCUGCCUCGACUGAAGGAGCUGCCCAUAGAAGAAGUCCUGGUGGUGGACCUGGGCAACAGCCGCUUCCUCCGGCAGCUGGACGACGAGGACUCCAUCCUGCCUCACAAGCUGCAGGCGGCGCUGGAACAUGUGCUGGAGAAGAGGAGGGAGCUGGCCUGUGACAAAGGAGAACUUCCCAGUGCAGACUCCAGCUCACUCAGCGCGGUGGUGUCGGAGGCUUUCGUGCGUUUCUUCGUGGAAAUGGUUGGCCAUUACUCGCUCUUCAUGGGCGGGGCCGAGCGGGAGGACGAGUCGUCAUCCGUCUCAUCGCCCACAACACCCGCCUGCUCCUCCUCUUCCUCCUCCUCCUCCUCCUUCCAGCGGGAGGCCUUUCGUAAGGCGGUGACCUCCAAGAGUUUGAGGAGGUUCCUGGAGGUGUUCAUGGAGACGCAGAUGUUUGCAGGCUUCAUCCAGGAGAGGGAGCUGCGCAGACAAGGCCUCAGAGGUCUGUUUGAGGUGAGGGCGCAGGAGUAUCUGGACUCACUUCCUGGCAGUGAGCAGCGAGGGGUCAACAAGUUCUUGAAAGGCUUAGGAAACAAGAUGAAGUUCCUCUCUAAGAAAUGACUUUCUGUGGAGUUUGUUGAGGGCAUCUUCCUGCUCCAGCAUUGUAAAUACUUUCUUCUCACAUUCCCGGACAUUCAAAGUCUUUCUUAAGCAUUCCAAGUCUUUCCUGUAGAAGUUUUGAUCAACUUCUUCUUCAACAGGAGGCUUUCACUUUAUUUAUGUUCUUUCUUUUUUUGUUGUUGUCACAUAAUCUCCUUUUUCAGCGCAGAGAGAAACCUUCUGUAGUUUGUUCAUAGGCUUUAUUUAUCAGACUGUUUGUGAACGCACCGCAGUCUGGAAGUCAACUGACUUGUAGGGCUGGCCACCAUGUUGGGAGGUCACUAGUUUGUCUUCUAUGUCCAUCUUUGAACAAUGGAACUCCAUCAAUAAAGUGAUGGGACUCCUCUC